AUGAACACUUCUUCUGACAACUCUACAGGUCUAAUUCGUUCAUUGAUCGAAUAUAUCGAUGAACAACUGUUUCUUGCUGGUCAUGGAUCAAAGAUAGUGUUUGGCUCCAUCUUGGCCGUAUUUGGAAUAACUGCCUAUAUUCAAAGUGAAAAAUAUCUGAAGUAUAAGAAGAGUAAGAGGAUAUCUACUUCAUCAAGUUCAGCAUAUAAAGAGUCAACUGCUAAACUUAAUAAGAGCAGAAAAUAUGGACAUUGGAUUCCAGACUACGAAUUCCAUACCCCAGUACCCCCUGCUUAUAAAGAUUGGGACCUUAAGAAAACUAAACCACUUCCUUAUCGAGCAUUUAGACAUAAAUAUGCAGUUAAUAUGGGGAUUAGAAAUAUGGAAUGGGAUAAUUGGAUCGAACUUGAUAAUGAAUGGGAAAAGUUCCAUAAUCACAAGGUUGAAAGAAUUGAAGAAAAAGGCACAGAAUUGUAUGGAACCGCACCUGAAGCAAUGGAAGCUGCAUAUGAAUUACUAGAUGAAUUUUGGCAAUAUUUACCCAAUAGAUAUCCAUCAUUAUUUAAGCAAACGGAAUACGGAUUGGACAAUUUACUUACCGGAGAAGUACACAAGUUCAAACUUGGAUUCCGUACCGAGGAUGAUCCAAUGAAGAUUGCAGCAAAGAUGGUUCAAGAUGAUUUAGCCAUUAUGAUUGAAGAUGAAGAAGGGACUUAUUAUCUAAAAGGUGGUGCAAUUAUUUUAGCAGGUUUUUGGAGACUUAAGGAUAAGUUUAACAUGCCAUUGAGUAUGAUUCAUACCUCUGGAGAUGUUCCUAAAUAUAAAGAGAAAUUGAAAACUGGUAUGGAAAAGUUUUUUAUUCGACAAACAUGCGAUAAACCAGUGGUUAGAAACAACUAUUUCAUUCAAACUGAUGAUAAUUUACCGUGGUCAACAUCAAUUGGUUCUGAAGAUAAGCCAGAUGUCGGUUGGUAUACUGCUCAACCAGCAACAACGGCCGAGCAGUUAUUCUUUAGAAGUGAAAGACAAUCCUUAAGAAGAUUACCAAAGACUGGAGCAAUUAUUUUCACUAUUAGAACGUAUUUCCUUCCAAUCACUCAGCUUGCAGAGGAACCAUAUGUACCUAGGAGAUUACUAAAUGGUAUGAGUACUUGGGACGAUGACGUACAAGAGUACAAGGGUUGGGACAAAUAUAAGGAUGCCAUUGUUCCAUAUCUCGAAAUGAAAGCACUUGAACAGGAAGCAAGGGGACUCACAGCAGAAUCUGUACCUGAUAAGUAUCCAUACUAA